UACGCUUUCGUUUCCCCGUUUCCUGUCGGAUCUCUCCUGCGCGUGACACGUCAAAAUGGCGGAGCGGGAAGAAGCGGUGAGGGGGUUCGUCGCUGUAACUGAUGUUGAUGAAGAGAGGGCCCGUUUCUUCCUCGAGUCAGCCGGCUGGGACCUGCAGCUUGCUUUAGCUAAUUUCUUUGAGGAUGGAGGAGAUGAUGAUAUUGCCACCCUUCCUCAGCCAGAAUCUGUCUCUGUCAGUCGGUCCGCGGGGCCAAGUGAACACAGAGUGACAUCCUUUAGAGAAUUCAUGCACGAGGAUGAAGAUGACAGCGGUGAAGAGGAAGGCCAGAGGUUCUUUGCCGGGGGCUCAGAACGCAGUGGGCAGCAGAUUGUUGGUCCUCCCAAAAAGAAGAGCCCAAAUGAGCUGGUUGAGGACUUGUUUAAAGGUGCUAAGGAGCACGGGGCGGUUCCUGUUGACAAACCAGGCAAGGGACCUGGAGAAUCCAGCAAAUCCAGCAAGCCGUUUCUGGGUGGUGGUUAUCGAUUGGGUGCAGCACCAAAAGAAGAACCACUAAUUUGCAAGAAAAAAGGAGACAGUCCAGCAGUGCAUGUGGUGCUGAAGCUCUGGAAGACUGGCUUUAGUCUUGAUGAUGGAGAGCUGAGGAACUACAGUGAUCCUGGGAACGCUCUCUUCCUGGAGUCCAUCCGCAGAGGGGAGAUUCCUCUGGAAUUGAGACAGCGUUUCCGGGGUGGACAGGUAAACCUAGACAUGGAGGACCAUCGGGAUGAAGAUUUUUCCAAACCCAAAUUUGCUUUCAAACACUGAACUUUUCAAACUUUGCUGUCCUUAUUUCCCUCUAACCUCCGCAGUGCCACUCCAGAGCUGGUGUCGCACCAGAGAAGCCCGCAGGACCAGGCCGCCCUUGAAGCUGAGGCCAGUGCUUCCGUCAGUUUGGACAGCUCUCAACCGGUCACUAGCAUCCAGAUCAGGCUGGCCGACGGAGGCCGGCUGGUGCAGAAGUUCAACCACACCCACAGGGUGUCUGAUGUGCGUCAGUUCGUGGUGAGUGCUCGCCCGGCUUUAGCUGCCACCGAGUUCGUUCUCAUGACGACUUUCCCCAACAAGGAGCUGACGGACGAGAGCCAGACGCUGAAGGAAGCCAACCUGCUGAACGCAGUCAUUGUGCAGCGGCUAAAGUGACCGGUGACCUGGCUUUAGUGAAGCACUCUGGAGUUGGAGAUACCGGGACUGAAAGGACUUCUAAUUACUUAAUUUUGUUUUCUUUAGUGAUAUGUUAUUCCUCCGUGACAGUUUUGGGGUGGUGGGUGUUUCUGAUAAAGUGAAAUGGAGAUGAAGGGGAAGCAAUCACACUGUGAUAGAGUUAAAGAGAGGGAGAGAGGAACCGAAGAGAAGAACUAACAUGUUUUACGGUUUUAGAAUAACUGCUGAACAUAUUCAGAUUGAAAUAAAGAGCUUUCUGAAGAGUUUUGACAUACUUUUACCUCGGUGUCUAUCUCGCAGCUUUACGCUGCUUUGCUUUACCUCCUUCUCAGUUUUAUUCUUUGUUCUCUGAUUCAUCCCUUAACAUUUCUCACAACUGUCAUUAAAGCUAAAGUAGCCUUAUAUUCUAGCCCCAUGACCAAGAUCAACCUCAACUGUCAAUGAGUAAAACCUUUUUUUUUUUUUUUUUACAAAACAAUCUAACUUUUAUGACAUUUGAGGCUUUAUUUUGAUAUUUAGGAUGUCACGCUAUAUUGAUUUUUUUAUUAUUGUCAUCAUUAUAUUUUUCCUGGUAAUUAAAGGAUGAAAUUAUGAAUUGGUUGAUUAAGAGCCAACUUCAACUUCGGACACUGCUGCUGGUGAACAUAUCAGUGGCCUUCUUGUACUCUAUGCAGAAGAUGACUAUAAUUCUGGAGAUACUGUGUGAUUGUGAGCUGUGGUGAACCUGAUAUUAAACCCCUUUGUCUGGCA